AUGACCCUCAGGGUAGGUGGGAUCAACCCUCGCACGGGGCUGGUUGUGGCUCUGUGCGGUGUCUUCCUGGUUUUCGGGUUCAUGUUCACCGUGUCGGGGAUGAAGGGCGAGACGCUCGGCGACGUCCCGCUUCUUGCCAUCGGGCCGGUCAUUUGCCUGCCGGGGGUGGCGGCCAUCGUCCUGGCAAACAAGACCAAGGGCUGCACCGAGUUCCCCUACUGGUGCAAACGGCCCUGGAAGCACAGGGGAACGGGGGUGUGGGUGGGGGCAGGGGCUCGAACAGGACGGCACUCCAAGGAGUCCCGGAACCGAAGGAUCUGUGAAGACCUGGAGGCGCUCCAAGGCCGCAGGAUCGGCCGGACCGGGGAGGACUCCGUGUCUAGCACCACCACGGUGGGAGAGUCCAGCCGGCUGAUUCGCAGCAUCGAGCGAGACGAGGUUCUGCGCUACCUGCAGGCCUGUUACCCGUCCAGCACCUUCCUGACUGACCGCAACACGUCAGACUACCGCGCGGUCGACCGCCUGUGCCCCUCCAGGGAGAGCACGGCAUACGGAACCACACGCUACAGCGCCGUGCACGUACCCCGGGACACCAUCGUUGUGUACUCACGCACACGCAGGGACAGCAACCCCUACGGAUCCUUCUGCUGCUACAUCAGCCCUCGCGACUUCAGCUGGGGCAACGAGACCAUUGUCUGA